AUGUGACUCGGGCCAACAACAAACAUUAUCAUGGCGAAGAGGAAUUACUCUAUGUGGGUCAACAUAUGUGCUGAUUGUCAUGCUGGUAUAAAAGGCUUCAAAUGCCACCUACUUUCAUUACCAUCUGUUCUCCAAGACAUUAAGUCCCACGCCGACCUGAGUUGACUUUCAGGCCAUGAUGCUGGUAUAUUUGACCUUCACCUUGGCGCUGUUGUCGUCUGCUGUGGCGAUAAAUGGUCCAUGUGCCCCAAAUGAGAAUCUACUGACGUUCCUGAAGGCAAUCCACAACAUCCCGUCCUACAGCACCAUGUCUCCCGACAACAAGGUGCUCCUGACCGAGAUGGUGUCGGAGGUGCAGAUCUGUCAACUCACAGCCUACGUCAACACCAUUGGCUUCAGCAAAGUCCUAGGUUUGCUGGACAGUCUAACCCCACAGGAAGCCCAUCUGUUGAAUUCCUACCUCGUGAAGCACCUUAACAUUGAGAAGGCUGUUAGCGACAAGCUUCACCAUACAACAACUCGUCCGCCCACCCCUCACCACUGAUACACGGGGACACGAGUUCCCAGAGAGCUAAUGCUACACCUGAAAGAAGAGCAUUUGAAGAAAUAAAUGACAGAAAAAGAA